GCUGCGGAUCACUUGACAUGUCCCUUCCCAGGAGGGCCAGGCCAGGCACGCUCCGGCUCCGGCACCAUGGACCAAAGGGAGAUCCUGCUACAGAACCUGGAAAGGGUCCAAGGCAAGAAGCUCAGCCGAGGAGAGUUUGCAGAGGAGUUUUUGAAGCUGAAGAGACAGUCAACAAAGUACAGAUCGGAUAAAAUCUACCCUGCAGCAGUGUCUGAGCAGCCAGAGAAUGUCAAGAAGAACAGAUACAAGGACAUCUUACCUUUUGACCACACCAGAGUGGAGUUGUCCCUGAUUACAUCUGACACAGAUUCUCAUUACAUCAAUGCCAACUUCAUCAAGGGUGUCUACGGGCCAAGAGCAUACAUUGCAACCCAGGGUCCUCUCCCCACUACUGUCAUUGACUUUUGGAGGAUGAUUUGGGAGUAUGAAGUCCUGGUCUUGGUCAUGGCUUGUAUGGAGUUUGAAAUGGGGAAGAAGAAGUGUGAGCGGUACUGGGCGGAGGUGGACGGCUCCCCCCUGCACUGUGGCCCCUUCGCCAUCACCUGUGAGGCUGAGGAGAAGAGGAAUGAGUAUGUGAUUAGAACUUUAAAGGUGACCCUGAAUGAGGCAACCCGCACCAUCUACCACUUCCACUACAAAAACUGGCCGGACCACCACAUCCCCUCAUCCAUCGAGCCCAUCCUGGAGCUUGUCAGGGACGUUCGCUGCUACCAGCCCGAUGACAGGGUCCCUGUCUGCAUCCACUGCAGCGCUGGCUGCGGCAGAACCGGCGUCAUCUGUGCCAUCGACUACACCCAGAAGCUGCUGAAGGAUGGGAUUGUUCCAGUGAACUUCAGUGUGUUCAGUCUGAUCCAGGAAAUGCGCACACAAAGACCUUGCAUAGUGCAGACCAAGGAGCAGUAUGAGCUGGUUUACGACGCGGUGAUUGAGCUCUUCAAAAGGCAGAUUCAAGCACUCGAUGCCCAGAAAGAUUUUGCUACUUCACAGGAAGGAGCAGGGCAUCCUGCAGCCAAGCCGGUCCUGACUCCAGUGGAAGACAUUUAUGGCCUGAGUUUACUCACCUGCUCAGAGCAAGAGGAGCAGGCUGCACACCAACACCUGCCUCCGCAGCAGGAGGAGCACCAACGUCUCCGUCCUGCGGCACAGAGCAAAGCGUCCCUGCCCUCGCCGUGUGCCACGGCAGCACAGCACAGCUCUGCCCAGGGUGUGCCCCCCAUCAGACAGGCCAUCUCCUUCGGUGCUUUGAACUUCGUCAGCCGCAGGAAGGCGGCUGCCGGCGAGCCCAGGGGUGCUGGGGAUGCGCCUCAGAAACACCGCAGCUGGGAGCUGGACCUGGAGCCAAAGGGAGCAGGCGGGAGGGGGCCUGGUGCCAAAGCACCUCUGGCAUGGACUGUAUCGACCCCUCUAGCCCUGGGGCAGCAGGGAGAAGACUGGGAACGGGAUGCAGGGGAUGCCAAGCCUGUUUGGAGUCCACAGGGGCCAAAAGCCAGUCCCUCAAGCUUCCAGGAUGGAUUUUCCCCUGUAGACCCAAACACCUCCAGACGAGCAGCAGACGCCCUCCCAGGCCAGAGGCACCAGGGGCAAUACCCUCACCCUUACCUGUGCUCAGCAGAAGACUCCUACUUCUCAUCACUCUCUCCAGACAACCCCGUGUCCCCCGUGUUUCCCUUUCUGGAGGGGCAGGAUGAGCUCCUCCGUUCUUGCUCUGCCAGUGCCCCACUACAGCCCACCACAGCCAGCUCCCCAUCGUCUCACCACACUCCCCUGAACGAGGAGAGGAUGUUCCCCUUGGCCCCCCUGCCACAGCCAGAUGAUGAUGAUGAUGCUCCACCCCUGCCCCAGCGCACCCCCGAGUCCUUCAUUGUGGCCAGUGAGUUGGGACAAUUUCCUCUGGCCACUUCAGAUUUCCAGCUUCCAGACAGAAAUCCAAAUAUCGGAACCUCCUGGGAGUGGAGUGGUGAGUCUCACUCAGAGGGGUUUCCUGACCCUGUGAGAUUGAGACCAUGUAAGAGUGUGAAGCUUUGGAGCCCACGAACAGAGACAACCCAGGAUGGCUCUAAUUCUCCUCCUCCGCUUCCUGAAAGAACCCCGGAGUCGUUUGUUCUCGCUGAGGCAGCAAGUCUGCAGCCUGCUGCAAGAAAUUCCUCGAGUCCUGCAGGUUUGGAGAACAAGGGCUCCGAAACAUCAUCCAAAGAACUCAUGAAAUGCUUCAGGAGGAGCAAGAGCUUGAAAAUAUUGAAAAAUAUGAGAAAAAGCAUCUGCAGUCCAUCUUCACUGACAAAAUCAUCAGAACCUGCCCCAACAAACUCUCCGAGGUCUUUCCUUAACUUUGGCUUUGCAAAUCGAUUUUCAAAACCUAAAGGACCAAGAAAUCCACCCCCAGCAUGGAAGAUUUAGAUGCAUUUUAUAGACUCGGCAUUGCAGAUUUGCAAGUCCUCCUGAAAUACUUGGAAUGCCCAUCCCAGUGAGGCUUCCAUCCAAAUAAACACAUCAAAAGCUGUUUCACGGU